AAAAAAUCGAGGUGUUGCUCCAGACGGAUUGAUGUGUAUAUCCUCCUCUCCAUUUAUCUCCACUUCGAGAACGUUUAUUUCUGAACUUAAUCGUUGCAUCUACUUGAGUGUUUUCUGGAUAGCUACCGUGUUCUUCCGUUCGCGUUCGUGUUUGUUUACAAUGGUUAUCAAUGAGAGUUUGAGGUUAAAAGCUGAGAGAGCACUGUGAGUGAAUGAACUAUGAAUCCAUUUAUAGUAUUUUCAAACCACUAGAGUUAUGACUCCUCUUCCUUUCAUGUGAAGUGUUGUCUUUCCAUCGUUCUUUACGCGUUUUCAAUCGUAUUGAAGCCUUAAGCCUUUCAGUUAUUUCAUAUUUCCUUGAUAGUGUGCACCACCACCUACACUUGUACCCAAUUGCUCUCGUUUUCAUUUCUAAUUAAUUCUGCAGGCCAUAAGGCCUGUCAUAAAAAUAAUACUUGAAUACAUCGUUUUUUCUUCUUUGGAGUGCGUAGUGGCUUCAGUGGUUUAAUUGUUUUCCGGUCUUGACAUGUUGAAUCUACGCGCUGACCCAGGUGUGUCUAAGUUUUUCUUUGCGGACGGUGUAUGAAUUGUCUUGGCGUUUCCACAACACAGCGAAUAGCUCAGAACGUUAAUCAGCAACUGGCCGGCGGUCUGUUCGAAGGUGACUUGGACUACUAGCCUGUCGCGGAGAUCUUAACUCAAGGAGGCGGUGGUGGAGGCGGCGGUUGAGAUGAGCAGCAGUCUGACCCUGCCGCGCCGGAAACACUUGCUCGCACUCCUGGCUCUCGUCUUCAUCCCCUGCGCCAUCUACGUCUUCGUCUCCGAACCAGACCUGAAGCUUCAGGAACAGCUGCUGACAGAGCGGUUGGCAGAACUUCAAGUAAAGUUGGAGUACCUGGACGGGAUGUUGCACAGCCAGGAGAUAGAUGUCCAUGGAAUGGAACAACAGGUUCCAUUGCCUGGUGAAGAUUGGCUGGACAAUUCAACGGACUCGAAACUGUUUUAUUCAACACUAAAGAAUGCCUCCUCGGUAUCGGCACUGAAUCCUCCUCUGAAACUGCCGUCUGUCUACCAGUUCCUCACUCACCUCGUUAAUGUCCCUCAUCUUAGGCCCGCCUACAUCACAUCCAAGGGUCGUAGAGGAGUGAAAAUAAUCUUAGGGGUACCAACUGUGAAACGAAGCAACCAAAGUUAUUUGCUGACAACCUUGCAGAAUUUGCUGGAAUCGAUGAGCCCCGAAGAACAGAAUGAAACUUUAAUAGUUGUAUUAAUAGCUGAGGUUGAUGCUAAAUAUGUUAUAAGUGUGGCCAACGAUGUUAAAGCACAGUUCCCUGAAGCCAUUGAGUCAGGGUUAAUAGACAUCAUAUCUCCUCCAUUACACUACUACCCUGAGUUCUCAUCUUUGCGGAGAACCCUGGAUGAUGAUCCGGAGAGAGUGAAAUGGCGCUCAAAACAGAAUCUGGACUAUGCAUUUUUAAUGAUGUACGCUCAGUCCAGAGGCAUGUUCUAUGUCCAGUUAGAGGAUGACAUUUUGGCCAAAACAAAUUUCAUCACAACAAUGAAGAGUGUCGCACUCAAAGCUAUCGUUAGGAGGCAGAACUGGUUUGUCUUGGAUUUUUGCCAGCUAGGAUUCAUCGGAAAAAUGUUCAAGUGCUUUGAGCUGCCAUGGAUCAUUCAAUUCUUCAUAAUGUUUUUCAACGAUAAACCUUGUGACUGGCUGUUAGAAAAUAUUAUUCACACAAAAGUGUGUAGAUUGGAUGACGAUGAUAAAAAGUGCAAGAAGAGGAAGGCCAAAAUCUGGGUACAGUACGAGCCAUCACUUUUCCAGCACAUAGGGACCACAUCAUCUUUGAAAGGGAAAAUUCAGACACUGAAGGAUAAAAGGUUUGGAAAGCUACAACUGUACAAAUCUCAUUCCAACCCCAGCGCAGAAUGCUACACGACAGUCAAAGCUUACAAAAUUCAUACUCUGCAGAAAGCGUACCUAGGUGAAUCAUUUUUCUGGGGAUUGACUCCUCAGCCUAAUGAUGUCUUCAUGUUCAAGUUCAAAGUACCCAUCAGACUUAAAAGGUAUCUACUUCGGAGUGGAAACGCAGAGCACCCCUCUGACUUGCUCUCUAAUACAACUGUUGAAAUUUUUCCAGUCAAGUCAUCUAUCUCAACAAAUCCGUCAAAUACCUCAAUAGUUAUAGGCAAAUUCAAUAAUAAAGGAAUAGCGGAGGGCACAGUACCUCUAGAAGUGGGACCAGUGGAUGAACUGAGACUAACCGUUCAUUCAGAGAGCGAUCAUUGGGUCAUUCUUAGUGAGAUUCUCAUUGAAACAGACAAUAGAUGACACUUAUACUAGUCAGUCCUCUUGUGUGGUCAAACGAUCAAACUCGGCUGUGAUAAAAUUUGGCAUCACUUCCAUUCAUCCAAACUCAACCCCCGGUUUUGUACAUAGUUCCUGUUUUCCCUCUGUUUUCUGUACCUCCAGGUUCAUUUUCAUCGUCAGUUCUACGUACUUGUUACUUAUCUCGUCUCAACAUUUUGCAAGAGGUUAACAGGGUAGUGAAUGUUUUAUGUGAGGACUCCACUCCAGCUUCUUCAUCGGUGAAAUAUUGUCAUCCUGAAGUGAUGAUAGUUCCAUUUCUUUCAGUUGUUUGCUUACUUCACCAAAAAUUUUAAAAAUUGUUGGAGACUGAAAACUGAAAUAACUUUACAGUUUGGGUCUUAGAAAACAAGAGGUCUCAGCAUCCGACAUUCUCCCCCAAAAAUAUUGUUUUGGCAACAGGAUCGAAAUAUUCCUCAUCAAAAUUGCUCUGAAUAAUAAUAUGUCAAUGAGAGGGUUAAAAAAAUCAACUUCAAAUUUUUUUUGUGACGCCUAAUCAACUUCUUCAGUUGGGUGUUAAUCGAACUGACGUUUUCGCUUGCCUCCACCAUUGUGAGGGGGGUGGUUUUUGGGUUUUUGAUAAUGAUGAAUCGCAAGGGCUGCAUUGACACAUAUUUACAUUUUUAUUCAAUAUUUCACUUGCGGUGAGUUUCACACUUAUAUUUAUAUACACAGUUCUAAGCUCUAAGAGUGGGCUAUAAGGUGACAUGGGUCUAGGCCGUGGGGAGGGGGGGAUACGGGUCUGAGCCGUGUUUGUGAACGCGUCCGGGGCGUGAUGGAGAUACGGGUCUGAGCCGUGAUGGUACGGGUCUCAGCCCUGAUAUUUACGGGUCUGGCCGAUGACUACGACUGUGGGUCUUCUUCAAAUCUGGAUCAAUACUGGUGCCCGGCCUAUGCCCCGGCCACUAUUUAUAGUCGAUCGCCGACUCCCCACCAGGCUGGUUUGCCCAGCUUUGCGAUAGGGAACCGAGCGAUCGAACUGCAACUAGCGGCCGAAGUUGGAAUUGCUUCGAGCGGGCGCGUCAGCACGCCACGCGCAUCAUUGAGAGUAUGUAUGCGAGUGCCGCGCCGCCACAUGGUGUUUCGGAAGAUUGUCUCGAGAGAUUUUUCGGUAAGGAAGUUUUCAAAAUGGAGUCUCCCAUCUGACUGUUAAGUUAUUUUGACUUUAAAUAUGGGUUCCACUUGCAGUUCUUUGGUCAAUUUUCUGACAAUCACCAUAGCAUCUUGAAAGCUAGAUUAUUUUUUUCUUCGGUAAAAUAUCUCAUGUAUUUUCAAGCAUCUCCGUUGAUGCAACAAUAUCAAUAUUGGGAGACUCACACUGUUUUACUCACACUGUUUUACUCACACUGUUGACUCGGAAAAGUACUUUGUACCAUACAAUAAACUAAACUAGGAACUCAAAAUCUGUGAUUUGGUCGGCUAAGUAGUAGCUUUAUGCAAAGGAACCUGGGUCACCAUUUUCCGUCUCUUUCGCCAAGUAAAACAUCGUUCCAAGUAUGCAAUAAUAACUCUGACGGUAGCACUGUUUCUCUCCCUGUUUACAUUUCAUGUGAAGUAAGCAAACAACCUGAUCAAAAUUGGCCCUUGGAAUAAUGUAAUUAAGUGUAUCUUCUCUUUAAGUACUUACAAAUCCUGACCUCUUGUGUUUAAUGCGACUUUUUUUUUACAGUGCAAACCUUUCAAGUAUUUUCUUAGCGUAAGUUUUGUGCUCCACCUGAGGUUUCAAAUGUUUUAGUCUCCGAAUUUCAUCUAAGCUAUAGUCCCUCGCGAAAAAAUGAAAUUACCGCUCUAUUUUUUACCUGCUAAAAUCAGCCAGGACUCAUGAGACAAGGUAUGAAGAAAAGGGGUCUCUUUCCAUUUAUGCCUGUAAUUUAACACUUAGUCUUAGCUUGAACUUUUAUUGCUGGAAGGAGUGACAGUGGUUUUCCUGUUAAAAAUUUGAUAAAGAAAAAUGUAUAUCUUAUGCUUUCUUUAUAGUAUACUUUUUGAAAAGUAGGUACUAUACAACCUCAAAAUAACUCAAAUUAAUAUUUAUUCUCAAAAUACUCAUGAUGGAACUGUCAUCAAGCUAUUGAUUGUUAUUUGCUAGGUUGCAAUUUAACCAAAAUGAGAGCUCAAGUUUUGUAUUUUAUUUUCAAGAGGCACGUAAUUGAAGGGGAUGUGCAAAUUAGAAUUUUCACAAGAAGGGUUCACAAAGUUCAUUAAUUGUGGAUAGUGGAUACUUAGCUACUGUGGAAAACUAGUCUUUCUGCAACGGGCUGUGAUACUGAGGCAACACUGGUUAAAAAUAUAAAGUGCUUUAUUAGUGAAAUAGGGCAAAGCCCAGGCGUUUUUAGGGUGUUGCCGUUCGGUGCCGUACAUUCUCUAUUUUUCGAGCGAUGGGCAUGCAUUAGGUAAUUGGCUAGCAAAUUGCAUCCACAAACUAGGAUUUUGUAUGAGAAGCCGAACAUCGAGUACAAGAGUUUUCCGAAGAGUAGCGAGUCCAAGACAAUGUUUAUUGUUUUAAAAACAAAGAUUAUGCCAAUGAGUCCUGGCGCAAGGUCCCAAAUUCAUAAAAUAGGCUUCAUCCUCGUUUUGCUGCUCUUUCCACUAAUGUUUCUAUUGCGUUUUCCAAGAGGAAAUUCACAAAAUUAAUUCUGGACUCUGUUCGUAUAGGGUAUCCCAGGGCUUCUCAAGUCAGAGCAUUUUGUAUGGCAGCGCUUUCAAGGGGGUCAUCCGCCUUUGGUAGGCUUUUAUGUCUUCUGCUGUGUUAAUUCCCUAAAUGAAAUUUUUUGGGCUCUUGUAACUCCAUGCAAAUUCUAAUCGGGAUGGUAACUGUGUUGGUGCUUUUGUCUCUGUAAUUUUUGUGUUGAAACCCACCCAAACCCCGUUUAUCUCAUGUUUUACUGGCGUGUGAGUCAAGCAGUCUACUUCGCUCCCUUUAGCCGUUAGGAUUCGUGUUAGCGGGGUCAAAAACAUGCUUUUAUCGUUGUGUCAUACUGGAAUCUCAUUAUAGAGGUGCUGUGCCCAUCCUAAUACGACAGGCGCUGCCUGGCAUUGGGUGAGGUACGCCACUUCUCCCUUGGUCAUGGUCAUGUAUCUGGGGCCGUCUCCUUGCAUCCUUGCAAAUUCUUCGCUGUGAUUGACGGCUAAAGCCAAUUGGUGCUGUAAGAUUUUUCUUCAAGUUGAAAUGUUACCGUUUUUAAGUUUUGAAAUAUCGAGUUGAGUGAAGUUUUCAUGUGCUUCUCCAAAUACACAAAUUUUACAUUAAAAUAUGUCAACAAAUCUGCUGUAAUGUUUUGAAAGGUCUUGGUGAAUGGAAAACCAUAGUCUGACUCAGAUAGAAUGCAGAAUCGUGCAUGUUCUGUGUGGUAUGCGUCAUGGUGACAUAUUCUGGUUUUCUUUGCUGCUUUAAGGCUGAAUGCCACGUUUUUUCACUGACUGGAUAGGAAAUUGGUUCCGGUGCUGUUGAAUCGUUGAAGCGGAGUGACGGGGCCUCGUGUAGGACCGUGAAGUGUUUUGCGUUGCGUCUUGAAUGGAGGCGUCCCAAAAUGUGUGGCCCCUAACCGGGUCCAUGCACUUUCCGGUUGUAAAAACACAUUUUACGCCCGUUUUAAGGUAAAUUUUGUUAGGUUCGACAAAGAGUUAAAGCAUGAUAAAAAGUACCUGGCAGGAAAUUCAAAUAGGUAGAAGGAACUAAUAAUAAAAAAAAUGUAAUAUUGAGUAGGUAUUCCCACUUACCAAUGUCUUCUCUUUUCACAAUUACACGGUAUUUUCUCCAGUCGUUGGGUUGCGGUGGCGGUGUGCAAGAUUCUAUUACUUUAGAUAAUGGGAUGGAUUGAUGUCAUAUGCACUCAAAGAUAUGUAAUUCUUUGAAUAUUUAAUUUAAGUGAGAGUAAAGGAAAAACAAAAAUCGUAAAGUAAACAAUAAAAAAGUUCAGAAUCUUUGCAGAGAGGUACAGUGAAACCUCAAUAACUCGGUUCCCGGAUAAGCCGGUAACCUGUUUUAGUCGGUAGAAUUGCCCGGUCCCGUUUAUCACCCAUAUAACACAGUGCUAAAUAAGUCUGGAUAGCGGUUUGGUCAGAUUCUGAAACCGCUUAACUCGGUGAAAUUUUUCCAUCUCGGCCUGUUUUUCUUCGAUUGUCACCCGUGAUCAAGCGUAGGUAGUGUUUCCGCGCGCGGUGCGGGUCGGGUCAAGUUACGCCACGAAGGGUGAGCGAAUCUCCGAGAGAGCGCAGCGCAGUGCGAGAGACAACAUCAGCUCCCCUUUUCCUCCACCACAGCAUGAUCACUCUCAGUGAAGGCGGCCAGCUGGAGGGGGGACCACAGUCCUUAAUUUCUUCCGGACCGCUUCCCUCUUCCCAUCCCCAUGUCCCCAUCAGUAUUGUUGCUGAUAGCAGUGCGGAGCGACACGUACCGACAGCUCUGCUGCCGUGCUACGAAAGUGAGCAAUAAAGUACGUCAAUAACAAUAAAGUAUGUAAAGGAAUGAGCCUCAAAACCCAUGAGAUCACAAGCUAACUGAGGCCCUUGCCAAACUGUACUUACUGCUCUCUUCCAUAACGCGCCAGAGUUGUGCUCUUAUAUUGAAUAUCAUUUCUAGAGAAAAAGUGAAAAUCAAAGGAGGUAUUCACGAUCUUUAUUAAUUAUGUACAUACUUUCAAGUAAAGGCGACUUUUAAUCAAUGUGUAACAAAUUCAAAAAUUUGGAAAAAUUGUGCGGUCAUUAUUUACACCUUAAAACUGUUUGCAAAAAAUGUACAGAUUAUGCUUUUGAAAAAAAGUCAGUAAUAGCGGCUUGCUUUUUUGCCUGCAGGGCAAUCAAAUGUGUUUUCUCCUCUAUGAUGUAUAGGGCUCGUUGAAACUCAACGUCCCCGUGUUCAGAGGAAAAAUUGCGCAGAACGUCCACGGCGCCAAGGGCUUGCGAGGAGGUGACAUGUUGGAGCACGGGCUCCUCUUCAUCUUCAGAAGAAGACUGACCCCCAGCGGUGUUAAGGUUACUUGAAAUAAUAUUUACGAGAAAUUGCGCAGAACGUCCACGGCGCCAAGGGCUUGCGAGGAGGUGACAUGUUGGAGCACGGGCUCCUCUUCAUCUUCAGAAGAAGACUGACCCCCAGCGGUGUUAAGGUUACUUGAAAUAAUAUUUACGAGUAUAAUCAAUAAUAGAAUAAAGAAGUAAAAAAUAGAAAUAGAAAACAAAACCACAAGAAAAAUAAUAUCUACUUCUUACACAUUCGUGUUGAAAAUAAUUACUUUUAGUGUCAAAUUAUCGAGAAGAGGUAGUUCUCAACAUAUAAUUAAUCAAUAGAGAACGAAUAUUAAUGAGAAAAAUUAUAAUGGUUACAUAGACACCUACUCGACUCAAAGGAAAAUAACAGAUCAAAUAGAACAUUUAAAGUUUUACAUCGGUUAACAUUUGACAGUCAAAGUCUCUAAUUAAUAUAAUAUAUCAAA